CUUAUUUAUGACUGUGGUUCCCAACGCAAGGGCAUAUUUACUAUGAUAGUAAGGAAGGAGAUGCAAGCCAACAGGUGAGACUGAAAAUUGACUGAGAAUUGGAGACAGCUUCUUAGAGAUUUUGUUUUUAUAGUGUCAGUGAGAUUUUAGCCAAAAGAAAAUGAACGUCAACUGGGUUCGAUUGUUUAACAGUAAAGUAUCGGAUUUGGAAUAUUCCGAUCACUGGAAUAUUAUAAAAGAUGACAACUUACUACCAUCGAGAUCACCCACAGGAUGUAAUUUCUAUAAGACAUCUUCGUUUGCAAGAUUUCACUGCUCAACCUGCCCCAAUAAAUGGGCCUCUGCAAAGGCACUGAUUAUUUUCAGCAUGAAACUGCAGAAUGGGGAAGGAGAAGUGAAGGUUCGAUUCUGCAAACAGCAGUGCCGACAAAAUCAUGCUAUAGAAGCUAACUUUGUAGAACCCGUUUUUGAUGAAGAAAAUAUCAAGCAAGUUCUGAAUCGCUUAAUAGCAAAGAUCCGGCAACGAUGUUAUCAUGAAAGCAUUGAAAAACACACAACCUGGUGUGAAAGUAAUGUCGAAGUCCAGGGACCACAUGAGAAAAAGCAUUGUGAAGCUUGUAAAUUGGGAAUCUGCACAGAAAACUCCUAAUGGAGGGAUUAUGCCCGAAACGUCAAUUCUCUUGUUCCUCGGAUGCUGCCUGACCCGCUGUGCUUUUCCAGUACCGCACUCUCAACUCUGAUCUCCAGCAUCUGCAGUCCUCACUUUCUACUUUUCAUUUAACUCCAAGUUUGGAAUCCUAAUGGAUCCUGUGAUGCAAAAUAUAGUUAGCAUCAUAAUCAUAGUCAUGUUUUAAACAGUACAAUAAUGCUUAAAAGUUUUGAUCAUUAUUUCUAUACCUGUGCCUUUAAACAUUUUGUUUCAAUUUACAUUAAUCUAUUAUGUAUUGUUAUAAUCUGGAAGACUAUGUUUGAAAUGUGGUGGAAGCAACUCCAUACUUUAAAAUGAAAAUUGGAUAUAUACCUGAAUGAGAAAAAAAUACUGUAGAGCUUUGGGCAAACAAUAAAGGUAGUGCAAUUUAGUGGUUAGCUCUUUCAAAAAACUGUCACUUUAUGGAUUAUGUGACUUCCUGUAUGGUAUGGUUCUAGAUACAAGUAA